AUGAAGUUUGCAUAUAGCCUUCUGACUGCCCUUGCUUUGGCUGCUGCCAACGCCUAUACCCCUCCGGCAGACCUGGAAGAUGGCGUCUACUUAGUAGACACAUCAAGCCCCGGCGACUCAGCCAAGACGCGCCGAAACCUCGAGGAGAGGCUGGUCCGGAUUGGCGACAUUAUACAAGCCGACCCUGCCGCAGGCACAUCGGAAAACAAUGUCAAACGCGAUGUGUUUACCAACCACGAACGCGGCCACUCAUGCCACGACGCCAACACCAUGAUGCUGACCGACUACAGCAACGCCAUGGCCUCGUUCAAGGCCCAGUGCGAGCAAAAAAAGGUGCCGGCGCGUAAGAAGAACGGCCUCAUAUGUUCGGGAAAACAGGGGAUUCUGUACGCCAAGGCUGGCUCGUCCAUUGUCUACCACUGCAACGUGGGCUGCAGCAAGCAAAACUGCGGCGGAGGCCAUAUCCAGCCAUUCGAGGAGUGGGCGGAUAAGACGUGCGGCCGGCUCAAGGGUGGCUUCUUUUACUCUGAUUGGGACUUUACUAUGGGACGUGACGAAUGGGGCAGCAGCUUCUGUAAUCAGGUCAUUUAA